AUGCUGCGCACAGACCAGCUGCGCACGGACCAACGCGCACAGCCUGCCCUUAACCUCCCCUUAGGAGUUCAGGGAGUUACGACCCCCUUUAAAAAGGAGGCCACCUUUGCCACUGCCUUCAGGGCCCACUUCGGCAACCUCGAUAACGAAGCAGCAGCACAGGUAGAACUGGCCAAACUCUGUGCGGAUAAAUCGAUCCACGAAAAAUGUACCGCUGCAGAGUUCUCCACGUUAUUCAACGGUCCGGCAGACCAUUCUGGGUAUGGAGACCUGGAGCUAUGCGACAAGUACCUAAGCAGCAUCCCCUCCCAAGUCCACCAAAAAAUCGAGCUCAAGACCUUCAUCAUGUGGCAGGAAGCUGACAAGCAUGCCACAGAAGUCAAGCAGAUCCUCGAUAUUAGCCAGGCCCGUCGGCCCGAGCUGAACAAUUUCUUCUCCGGUCAAGGAAGAGGGCAAGGCGGAGCGCGUGGUGGUGCACCACAGCCGCACCUAACUUUGGCCAGCAUCAACGUGGCCAUCGGAAAAGGAAACUUUCCUGGAAGCUGCUUCGGCUGUGGAAAGCAAGGGUACCAACACUUUGAGUGCCCCAAUUGUAAGGACAAGCCUUAUGCAAAACACAUUGACACAUGGGCUACGGUUGCCUCAUGUUCCACCCAGGCCAUGACAAGCGCCCCCAUCCCUUCACCCUCAGCAAGUAUAAGUGCCGCUUCAGCAAAGUCUGAGCAACUGGAGCUGGCGGACUUACUAGUACAAGUGAAAUCAAUGCGCAAGGAGCUCAAGCACUAUCGGGCAAUGAAGGAGGAGUCUUUUUGA